CGAGCUACUUUACAGAAUAAGAUGUACAAUUUUCUAGAAAGACCUACUGGAUGGAAGUGUUUUGUGUACCAUUUUACAGUGUUUAUGAUGGUGCUAAUUUGUUUAAUAUUUAGUGUACUCUCAACUAUUGAACAAUAUACAGAAUUUGCAAAUGAAACUUUAUUUUGGAUGGAAAUCGUUCUAGUAGUAUUCUUUGGUUUAGAAUAUGUGAUACGCUUGUGGUCUGCUGGAUGUCGCAGCAAGUACAUGGGAAUCUCAGGGAGAUUUCGAUUCGCCCGCAAACCAAUUUCAAUAAUUGAUUUUUUAGUUGUUGUUGCUAGUAUUGUUGUUUUAUCUGUUGGUUCCAAUGGACAAGUUUUUGCUACCUCAGCCAUUAGGGGUGUAAGAUUUUUACAGAUUUUACGAAUGUUGCAUGUAGAUAGACAAGGUGGUACCUGGAGAUUAUUAGGUUCUGUUGUGUAUAUACAUAGACAGGAAUUAAUAACAACGCUGUAUAUAGGUUUUCUAGGCUUAAUAUUUUCUUCCUAUUUUGUGUAUUUAGCUGAAAAAGAUGCUGUAUCACCUGAUGGUACAACAGACUUUACCAGUUAUGCUGAUGCCUUGUGGUGGGGGGUUAUAACAGUAACUACAAUAGGUUAUGGUGAUACAGUUCCUAAAACAUGGAUGGGACGAAUAGUGGCUUCCUGUUUCUCUGUCUUCGCAAUAUCAUUUUUUGCCUUACCAGCAGGUAUUCUGGGAUCUGGUUUUGCCUUAAAGGUUCAACAAAAACAACGGCAAAAACAUUUCAAUAGACAAAUUCCAACUGCAGCAUCUUUAAUACAAUGUUUAUGGAGAUGUCAUGCUGCGGAGGCUGGAUUUGAUUCCAUAGCAACGUGGCAAAUUCAUACACAA